AUGCCCGGCUCCGUGGGCCAGCCCGACGGCGACGGGGGCGGCCCGGGAGGGGGCGGCCGGGGGGCGGCCGCGGGGGACCCCAGCCCGGGGACCCCGCCGCCGCCCCCGCCCGAGGGCGCCGAGGAGGCCGCCCCGGCGCCCCGGCCGCCGCCGGAGCCCGACGACGCGGCCGCCGCGCUGCGCCUGGCGCUGGACCAGCUCUCCGUGCUGGGGCUGGGGGGCGCGGGCGGCGCGCGGGAGGCGGCGGCGGGCGGCGGGGACGGCGCGGCGGCGGGGGGCGCGGACGGCGGGGCGGCGGAGCCCGCGCCCCCCGACGGGCCCGAGGCGGGCGCCCCCGGGGCCGCGGCCGCGCUGUCGCUGCUGGAGCCCGCCGCGAGCCCCCCGCCCCCGCCGCCGCCCCGGCCGUCGCCGCCCGACGUGUUCGCGGGCUUCGCGCCCCACCCGGCGGCCCUGGGCCCCCCGACGCUGCUGGCCGAGCAGAUGAGCGUGAUCGGCAGCCGCAAGAAGAGCGUGAACAUGACCGAGUGCGUGCCGGUGCCCAGCUCGGAGCACGUCGCCGAGAUCGUGGGGCGCCAGGGCUGCAAGAUCAAGGCUCUGCGGGCCAAGACGAACACGUACAUCAAGACGCCGGUGCGCGGGGAGGAGCCGGUCUUCAUCGUGACGGGCCGCAAGGAGGACGUGGAGAUGGCCAAGCGCGAGAUCCUGUCGGCCGCCGAGCACUUCUCCGUGAUCCGCGCCACGCGCAGCAAGGCCGGGGGCCUGCCCGGCUCGGCCCAGGGCCCGCCCAACCUGCCGGGCCAGACCACCAUCCAGGUGCGCGUGCCCUACCGCGUGGUGGGGCUGGUGGUGGGGCCCAAGGGUGCUACUAUCAAGCGCAUCCAGCAGCGGACGCACACGUACAUCGUGACCCCCGGGCGCGACAAGGAGCCGGUGUUCGCGGUCACCGGCAUGCCCGAGAACGUGGACCGCGCCCGCGAGGAGAUCGAGGCGCACAUCACGCUGCGCACCGGCGCCUUCACCGACGCGGGCCCCGACAGCGACUUCCACGCCAACGGCACGGACGUGUGCCUGGACCUGCUGGGGGCGGCGGCCAGCCUCUGGGCCAAGGCCCCCAACCCGGGCCGGCGGCCCCCCGCCGCCGCGGCCGGCCUCCGAGGGGACAGCGCUCUGGGGGCCCGGGGCCCCGAGGCCUUCUACGCGGGCAGCCGCGCGGGACCGCCGGUGCCGGACGCGGGGCCGGCCAGCCCCUACGGCGGCGCGGGGAACGGGGGCUUCACCUUCAGCGGGGACGGCCCGGGCACGCCGGCGGGGCCGCCCGCCCCCGAGGACUGCGACUUCGGCUUCGACUUCCUGGCCCUGGACCUGACGGUGCCGGCCGCGGCCACCAUCUGGGCGCCCUUCGAGCGCGCCGCGCCCCUGCCCGCCUUCAGCGGCUGCUCGGCCGUCAACGGCGCCCCCGCGCCCCCGGCGCCCGGAGCGCGGCGCAACAGCGGGGCCGGCACCCCGCGCCACUCGCCCACGCUGCCCGAGCCCGGCGCGCUGGGCCUGGAGCUCCCGCUGGCGCGCCGCGGCGCCCCGGACCUGGGGGGCGCCCUGCCCUGGCGCCCCGCGCAGGGCGCCCUGGCCGCCUUCUCCAGCGGCGCCGGCUUCUCCGCGGCCACCUCGCUGCCCAGCGGCUCCGCGGCCUCCCCGUGCUCGCCCCUGGACUCGAGCGCCCCCGACGGCGGCCGGAAGCCCGCGGCCCCCGCGGCCCCGGCCCCCGCCCCGGCCCUGGCGCGCGAGUGCGUGGUGUGCGCGGAGGGCGAGGUGAUGGCCGCGCUGGUGCCCUGCGGGCACAACCUCUUCUGCAUGGACUGCGCCGUGCGCAUCUGCGGCAAGAGCGAGCCCGAGUGCCCGGCCUGCCGCACGCCCGCCACGCAGGCCAUUCAUAUCUUUUCCUAGCGCGGCCGGGCGGGGGGCGGGGGGCCGGGGGCCGGGCCGCGGGUGUGGGGGGCCGGUGCUUACAGACGCUGAGCUUUAACUCCGUCCCAGGCGUGGAAACGGCGGCCCCGCGACCCAGCUGCGCCUCGGUCAUUAACAAAUAACAGUAUUGAGCGACAGGUUAAAAUAAACCAGAGAGAAAAGGUCUGCUUGCACUUUUUAUUUAAGACACCCCUCCAGGGUGAUCUUUUUAAGAAAAAUAACACAAUUUUUACAACUCUCUGUUGUCCUUUUUUUGUACGUAGCCGAUUUCUGAUUUGACAGUGUUUUCACGGUGGUUUCAGCCUCUAAAGAAACGUCCACGGAAGGAUGGCGGCAUUUUUACUCCCUUUUUGGGGCGAACCAGUUACCUUUUGUAUGUCAGCCAGGCACAGGGAGGAGGGGCGGGCCCGGGGCGAGGGGCAUCCCAACCAGAAAUUUCUAACUUUUUUGGUUUAAUUAUUAAUCCCCUUCUGCUGUGAUUUUUGUUGUCAGUUUUUUAAUUUUUUAAUUGUUUUUUUAAACUUUUACUUUUUACCUCGUGUAUAUGUAGGGAAUUUAUAGGGAAAUAUGUACUUUAUGGAAUAAAUUUUAAGAACUAAAAUAUAUUUUAUUUUAAAUAAAGUAACGGACCUUUAAUCUUACACAACUAAAGUACUGAUUAUAUAUUUGCUGAGUGACUUAGGGUUAAGAAAAUUGUAUCAAGAGUUUUAUUUUUUGACUUCAAAUCCUUCUUAAUAAAGUCUUUUUACUACACGUGAG